UUGCCCUACUCAUCCCUUUCCAAAAUGUGAAAGAAGAAACGGCUGGUGGAGGCGGGCCAUAGGCAAUGAGUCGGCGACGGAAACAUGAUGACAGCCCUAGCCCGAAGAAAACGCCGCACAAAACCGUGGCGGCUGAGGAAUGCGGCUCGGUGGUCGAGCCAGGGAGGAGGCGGCUGAGGUCGGCCCGCGGUUCGUGGCCCUGCGGGGCUAGAGAGGGGCCUCCCGGGCCAGUGCGGCAGCGAGAGCAGCCUCCAACAGCCGCCUUGUGCAGUAAAAGUAACCCCGAGGACAGGUAUGAAACACCAAAGAGAGUGCUGAAAAUGGACUUACUGUCAUCUUCCUUCAGUUCUCCUAAUGAUCCAGAUGGACAGAAUGAUAUCUUUUGGGAUCAGAAUUCUCCAUUGACAAAGCAGUUAGGUAAAGGAAGAAAAAAACAGAUUUAUACCACAGAUAGUGAUGAGAUUUCACAUAUUGUUAAUCGUAUUGCUCCUCAGGAUGAAAAACCAACAACAAGUUCUAUGCUGGACAUGUGGAUUGGUGAAACUGCUAUUCCUUGUACUCCCAGUGUAGUGAAAGGAAAAUCAAGAGCAAAAAUCAGCUGCACAAAGUUAAAAACACAAAAUCAAGAAGAAGAACUUAUGAAACUGGCUAAACAAUUUGAUAAAAAUAUGGAAGAGCUAGAUGUGAUUCAAGAGCAAAACAAGAGGAAUUAUGAUUUUACCCAGAUGAUUUCAGAAACAGAGAUUUUAAGUAAUCAUAAAGAUAAUACACAGAUGCAGUCAUUACAUAAUAUAGUUCCCGAAAUAGAUAAUGCUACAAAAAAGAAGCCAAUCAAAGGAAACACCAAGGUAUCUGUGGCAAAUAAUCAAAAUAGCAGUCAGAAGCCAUUUGACCAAACUGCUGAAGCAGCCUUUAAUGCUAUUUUUGAUGGUUCUACUCAGAAAUGUAGCGGACAGUUAAGCCAAGAACUGCCAGAAGCUUUUUGGAGCACCAGUAAUACUACCUUUGUAAAGACAAAUGCUUUGAAAGAGGAGAAAAUCAUUACUAAUGAAACUCUGGUCAUUGAAAAACUGUCAAAUAAAACCCCACGAUCACUUUCUUCUCAAGUAGAUACACCCAUAAUGACAAAAUCAUGUGUGACUUCCUGUACUAAGAAGCCAGAAACUUCUAAGAGGUACAUUGAUGCAUUUACUACCAGUGAUUUUGAGGAUGAUUGGGAAAAUUUACUAGGUAAUGAACCUUUUGCUAUGCAAAAUGUCGACAUGCCUGAACUCUUCCCCUGUAAAACAGCCCAGGUUACUGGUCAAAAGGAAAUUUGUACCUUUAAUAGUAAAACUGUUAAAAAUAUGUCAAGAACAAAUACAAGUCCAGAUGCCAGGUUAGGAGAUUCAAAAGUAUUACAAGAUUUUUCUUCAAAGAUAUGUGACAGAGAAUUAAUAGGUGCAGAAUAUAGAUUUUCACCAAAUCCAAAUAAAUCAAACAAAUUAUCAUCCACUAGAAAUAAAAUGAAAUUUGAGAACUCUUCCAAUAAAAUCGUUAUUCAAGACAAAAUUCAAGAUUGUAUACUUACAUCUAAUCUGACAAAAAUAAAGGAAGAUACUCUUACUAAAUCUACUGUAUAUGCUUCUGAAAAGAAGUCAGCUUUGAACACAAGAUAUUCUAAUGAGCAGAAAAAUAAGUGCAUUUUAAAUCAAGCUGUUAAAGCCCCUGUUAAUACUGAUCUUUUUGGCUCUGCAAAUCUAGGCAAUGAAACCAGUGUUAGUAACCCAAAUCAGACUAGUGCAUCAAAAUUAGGUUCUUUCUUUGAUGAUUGGAAUGAUCCCUCAUUUGCCAAUGAGAUUAUUAAAGCGUGUCAUCAAUUAGAUAAUACCUGGGAAGCAGAUGAUGUAGAUGAUGAUUUGUUGUACCAAGCAUGUGAUGAUAUUGAAAGACUAACUCAGCAACAAGAUAUUAGAAAGGACAGUAAGACAUCAGAAAGUAUAUGUGAGAUCAAUAAUAAUUCCGAACAUGGAGCCAAAAACAUGUUUACUAUAUCUAAACAAGGAAGUAAUUUAGUACAAUCAAAGCAUUUGAAUCCAGACAGCAUUUCAGUGCAGACAUCUUUGACAAAUAGCUCACGAACAGAUAAGCCAAUGAAAAUGGAGAAAGGGGAAAUGUAUGGAAAUUCUCCAAGAUUUUUAGGUGCCACAAAUUUGACUAUGUAUUCUAAGAUCUCAAACUGUCAGAUAAAUAAUCUGCAUGUGCCUUAUACUAACACUGAUGUUCCAAUACAAGUGAAUAGUUCCAAAUUGGUUCUUUCGGGAAGUUCAAGUGUAACUUCAGAUAAUAUGAAUACAGAAAUUGCUACUUACAAGAAGAAACUGAGUACUAAGCAGCUAUGCCAUAAGAGUAUAACAGAUGAAUCUCAGAGCAACCAUAACAAAACAGUUGGAUUUUCAAAGUUUACAUUUACAAGGAUGAAAAAUUCUCAGAUUCUUUCUCAGUUUAAUCAAAAUUAUAUAACUGGAAGUAUGUCUGAUACCAAAAUUACACAGGGUGUGGAGAAAAAGAAAAGUGUCAACCCAUUGCUAGAGGAAGCUGUUGGACAGCAAUCUUUGGUGAAACUUUCUGAAUCUUUGAAACAAUCUUCAAAAGAGGAAGAAGAGAAAAAUAGAAAGUGUUCUCCUGAAGAAAUUCAGAGAAAAAGACAAGAAGCGCUGGUUCGGAGAAUGGCUAAAGCACGAGCCUCAUCUGUAAAUGCAGCUCCCACUUCAUUUCUUUAAUGAAAUAUUGGAAGACUUCUUCACAAAGACUGCUGAUAACUAUCUGUGAUAGGACAUGUUUUUUUCUUGAUUUCUCUGUGAGAAAUGUAAUGCUGACUUUUAUAAAGCCUGGACUUCUACUUUAUUUAAUAAAUCAAUGUUUGCAAUGGUAAAUGAAACAUUUCCUUGGACAUGUAUUUCAAAGUCAUUACAUAUAAGUUUUAGAAAUUCAGGAAAGUUAGCAAUUAUGUACAGAUAUUAUACAGAGGAAAGUAGUUAUAUUUUUAAAUGCUAUUAUUGCAGAGGAUCAUCAAAAAAGAGGUAAUCUAUGUUAUUUCCUAUUCUAAUGUGUUUUCCUAAUACAAAACUUCAACUUUCUAAGUUAGUAGAGACGAUUUUUGUUGUUUUACUUUCAUUAACUGUUGCUUAAGGUUUUUAUACACUUCCAGAUUUUAAUUAAUACUUUCAUAUUUCUAGGAGCAUGGUUGAUAUGAAAUAAAGGACUUUAUUUGUAAGGAAAUUAUUUUCAGUUCUUAGAAGUAGAUUUGAAUUUUAAUAAUUCUAAAAUGUGACACAUUUUGGAAACUUUCCACCAUAUUUAGGAAAACUCUGAUUUUAGAAGUCUAGCAUAGAAGAAAAGAAGUAGUGAAUUGUCUACAAAAGUAAUGUGGCAUCAUUAACAUUUAGAACUGGCAGAAACUUCAUAUGUCGUCUGGUCCAGCUUCCUUAUUGUGUCGGUGAGAAAACGUAAUACUGUUUUCAAAGUCGUAGGUAAGUUAAUGCUGUGCUACAAUUAGAAUGAUUACUUUGGACACCUAAACAAUUAUACCAUUUGCUUCAAAGUAUUAGUACAUAAAAUAACUUGAGGGAUUGUUAUUUUCUAGUAUAAAACAAAAGAUGUAAUUAAAAUACAAAAGAUGUAAUAAGGACUGUUUGAUAAUCUCAUUUUUCCUUAUUUUGCUUUAAAGAAUUAGCCUUUCCAGGAUGUAAAAAUGAUAAUCUUUUUUCUUUUCACUUUUUCUGUAACUGUGUAAUUUUUCCCUCAAUUAAUUUACUUACUUUACUAAUCUUUUCUUCUCUAUUACUGUUUUGUUUUUUCUUUUUUUGCCGUUUUGCCUAUUUGGAAUUUGCUAAACCAAUAAUAGAAGUCCAACUAGAGGGCGUAACGCAGGGAGGAUGCUUUAUUCCUCUUAAAUGGUUUUAGGAGAUCUAGGGAAAGUUAGAGAUACGAAACACCUGUCAUGGUGUGGCAUUUAUCACUAUUCAGGUGUCUCAAAGCAGUGAUAAUAUGGUAGUUACUGCCCUAUAAUUAUGCAGAUACUCCUUAACUCACCGUGGAGUUACGUCCCAAUAAACCCAUCACGAGUUGAAAAUACCUUAAGUUAAAAAUGCAUUUACUACACUUAAUCUACCCAACAACAUAGCUUAGCCCAGCCUACCUUAAACAUGCUCAAAUCACUUAUAUUAGCCUAGAGUUGGGCAAAUCUGGCAACAUGAUGCACUGUAGGGUAUCAGUUGAACUGAUGCCCAGCAUUGUGAGAAUGUUGUACCGCAUAUCUCUAGCAUGGGAAAGAAUCAAACUUUAAAGUAUGAUUUCUAUUGAACACAUAUCACUUUUGCACCACCUUAGAGUUGAAAAAUUUUAAGUCAACCAUUUUAAGUUGGAGACUGUACAUCGUAAAUGGUAUUUUCAUAUAUACAGUGGAGUACUAGAGUUUAGCUAACCUAUAUUACUUUUCUAGGAAUAUAUAAUAACCUAGAUAAAUGCAAGUAGUUUCUAUGUAAGAAAAUAAAGAGUGGAGAAUCUUUUACUAAAAGUGGCUUCACUGUGUUCUGACUAUGCUUUGGAUAUCUCUGUCCUUGCUUAAGCUCCUCCCUGCUUACUGCUUGCUUUUUUAAGAGUACUUUUAGGCUAUUCUGUUCAUUCAUUUAGACUCAGCCUAAUAAGUGUAUUUCUUUGAGUCUCGUACCUAACCAUCUUCACUGGAAUUGAUUAUUCUCUCUGAUCAUAAUGGUACUGAUUAUUGUGUCUUUCACUGAACAAUUCUAUAAUGCCUUACAUAUUGUUUAGUUGUAUAAAUCUUAUUUUAUAAUUUGUCA